CGCGGCCAUGGCCGGGCAGCAGCCGGACGCCUUCCCGCUGCUGGUGCGCGGCGACUGGGGCGCCGCCGAGCCGCCGGGCGCCCUGCGGAAGAAGCUGCUCUGCUACUUCCAGAGCCAGAAGCGCUCGGGCGGCGGCGAGUGCGAGCUGCGAGCGGGGCCGGCGCCCGGGCACCUCCUCGUCUGCUUCGCCCGCCGCGACGUGAGGCAGCAAGUUCUUCAGAGACAGAUUCAUGAGCUGGAUUUGGGAGGAAAGAAGAAGUUGAAGCUGUUUGUCAUGGAGCCUGAAACAGCAGCAGCCACUGAAAAGGAGGCAUCUCAGGAAGAAAUAGUUCCCACAAAAGAGAAUAGAGAAUAUGACGCAGGGGAGGCCUCGUGGACGGCGCAGAGUUUUGUUUCGAGUACUGAGCUGCAGGAGAAGUCGUGCUCCACAGAGAAUAUUGCAGAGUGCUCCACAGGGACCUCGCUGUUGGUGGCCCUGAAAAACGUGCAGCACUUCAACGCAAAAUGUUUAUGUAUGCUGUUGGAGAACAUCAGUGGCUUAACAGCAGAUGAUGAUUUCCAUGUGGAAAUGAUACCUGACAUAAACACUGCCGUGGCUACUUUCGUAAAAAGUGUCGAUGCUGAAGAAUUUGUCAAAAAAUGUGCAGAAAACAAACAAAUUAAGAAAUCUAAAAUUACUGCCAGGCUUCUUGAAGUGACCUGCAGCCUAAAGGCUGAAAAUAUACCAGCUGGCGUUUCUACGGACUAUAUCACUCUUUAUUUUGAGAGCACACGCAGCGGAGGUGGGCUUGUGUCGGACGUCCAGCUCCUGCCCGAGGAGCGCUCGGCCAUCGUUACCUUCUGCAGUCCCAAAGAUUUAAGCGCUGUCUUGGAAAAGCAGCAUUCACUUGAACAGACGCCAAUUUCUGUGCAUCCCUACUACCAUUCCCUGGGAACAGCUCUCUAUGGAGAGGAAAGACCAAGUGUCAAGAUGCCGGAGCCCAUCAGGGUGCCGCUGGAUCCCUACAUCUGGCAGUUUUUACAAAAGCGGGACCAGCUGAUCCAAGAAAUAAACCAGGAAAUGGCAGUUUUCCACUGUGACGUGAAAUGGCCGCAGACCGGUUGUACACACCCAGAGAUCACAUUGUGUCCCUCGUCCUCCCUCUCCGAGCAGAAAAUGCUGAUGAUUCAGUUGAUCAAAACAUGGAAGCAAGAUGCUUCUGCGGAGCUCUCGCGCAUCAUGUCCCGCUACACAGCCAUAAAGUGUCAAGUAAAUUCAGCAGAUUGGGAAGACGUGAAGGCCAGACUGGUGAAAGAUGUUGCUUUGAUUGUCACAGAUACUUCUGAGGAGAUGGUGGUGAUUGCCGGCAACAGAGCAGCCGUGGACAGUGCAGAGAAAGAAGUGAGGGAAUGCCUGGAAAAAGCCAUGAAAGAAAGCGAAAGGCAAAAACAGAGUAUAGAAAUUUCUGUGUCAAUAAUGCCAGGGAAAUAUGCAUUUUUGCACAAUGCUGGGUUAGAAGAGAAUAUUUACAAAGAAUAUCCAUGCUUAAAGAUCUUUUAUGAUGAUACAAAAAAGACUAUCCAGUUACGUGGAUUACCUGCAGAAGUGUAUAAAAUCAAAGCUGACUUACUGGAAAAGAUAGUGAACAUGCCAUAUAAAUCAGUUAACAUUGUUCCCCAUGUUUUCCAAUAUCUACAGUGUGUAGAUAGUGAAACAAUGUCAGGGAGAUUAUUUACUUCAAAAAAAAUUAAGGCUUUUUAUGAGCUGGAGGAUGGUAAUGUAGUGCUGUUUGGAGAGUCUCCUAAAGAUCUCUUAGAUGCAGAAAAGCAAAUAAACACAGCUUUAGACUGUAAGUGCAUUGAUCUGGAGGACUCUGAAGUAAUUAAAAAGGAGGGGUGGAGAAGUCUCGUAGUCUUUUUGUGUAAGAAGUACAAUUAUUCCCAGAAGACUGUAACAAUUGAUGAACCUGAUGGAAAAGAAAAUAAAGUGAUCAUUACUGGCUUUUCUAAAGCUGUAGCAGAAGUUUAUCAGAAUGUUUUUGAUUUUAUAGAUAGAAACACACACAUGGAAAAGGUAAUCCCAGCUAAGUCAGUGGCAGCAGUGCAGUUCAUAGAGAAGGAAAAAGCCAAUGUUUAUCUUGAAUUCAGGAAGAAAGGUGUGACAGUGUGUUUUGACAUCAAGGCACCGUGUAUUUCUCUGAGUGGACCAACAGCAGAAGUGCCAAAGGCAGCCACCACAGUUGAGCAAAUUCUCUCCUCACUGUGCUGUAAAAAUGUGCUAAUUGAUAAACCAGGAGCCAAAGAGCUUUUCACAGAGAGGAAGGAUUUGUACGUUUUGGAGGCAAAGCAGAAAUACGAUUGUUUGAUCAGGCUAAAACAAGAACAAGAACAAAAAGAUGAAAAGGUUGAUAAUGAAGUGGAAAGAGAGCUCCACUACAAGGAAACCCUGGAAGGUGGAGUUGUAAUAGCAGUCUAUAAAGGUAACUUGUGUAAUUAUCCAGUGGAUGUUGUGGUAGAUGUAUUGAGUGAAGACUCAAAACCCCUUGAGAACCCUGCUGGGGCCCUUCUACAAGUGGCCAGUCAAACCCUGCAAAGAGAGUCUGAGCAGCUGCUGAAGCACAGGUGCCUGAAAGCUGGAGGCACCUUCGUCACCAGUGCGGAGAAGCUCCCCUGCAAGCAUGUGAUUCAUGCUGUUGUGCCCAGUUGGAGGAAAAAAGAGACAGCAAAAUUUUUGCACUGGGUAACGAAGACAGUGAAGAGAUGUCUACAACUGGCCAAAGCAUUUAAUCAUCGUUCCAUAGCUUUUCCUUCUAUAAGUGCUGGGAUUUGGGGCUUCUCGCUGCAACAGUGUACACAUUCAGCUGUAUUCUCCAUCAAGAAAACUUUGGAAAAAUCUGUGGGGAACAGCAGCUUGAAGGAGGUUCAUCUUGUGGACGAUGAAGACAGAACGAUUCGGGUUCUGAGUGAGACAGUAAAACAAGUGUUUACUACUAAAUCAUCCUCCGGGACAUUGCUGCCCCAGCUCUCUGAGAGCUGUAGCCUGAAGGAAAGCCAGAAGGCCAAGAGAAAAGAGGCUCUGCAGAUGAUUACAACAGGUGAAGGACUGUGCAUCAGACUGGAGCAAAAAAACAUUCAGGAUGCCACGACGGAUGUUAUUGUCAACAGUGUGGGCGUGGAUCUGCGGCUUGGUGUGGGGUGUCUUUGCAAAGCCUUGCUGGAGAAGGCUGGGCCAGGACUCCAGUUAGAGUUUGAUAAGGAAAAGCAAGGACAGGUAGCUGGUCAAGGGACCGUGCUCCACACUGGCGGAUACAACCUGGCCUGCAAGUCCGUGCUUCACGCCAUUCUUCCCGUCUGGGACAGAGGAGUAGGGCUGGCUCUGAAGACCCUAGAAGACAUAGUCAAUUGUUGCCUGCAGAAAACUGAAGCACUUGCACUGAAUUCGAUUGCUUUCCCACCAAUUGGAACUGGAGGGUUUGGAUUUCCCAAGUCCACCGUUGCUAAAUUAAUGUUCGACACGGUGCUCAAGUUCAGUAGCAGUCACGCUCCGAAGACUCUCCGGGAAGUUCAUUUUCUCUUGCACCCGAAUGAUACCAAUAACAUUCAGGCAUUUACCAGUGAACUAGAACAUAGGGUGGCGGAGAAUUGCAGUGCGACAGCACCACAGCAGAUUUUCAUUGAGCCUGUUACAACUAACACAUUGGAAGUUCAUGAAAUGCAGAUUGGUUCUAUUACAGUCCAGCUAGUUAAUGGAGAUAUUACUAAGGAAGACACAGAUGUUAUUGUAAACAUAUCAAAUUCAACAUUUAAUGUCACAUCAGGGGUCUUCAAAGCAAUUAUGGACGCUGCCGGUUCCCAGGUAAAAGGAGAAUGUGCUCAGUAUGCUGGGCAGCUUCAACACGGCUUUGUUACUACACAAGGUGGAAACCUGCCAUGCAGCAAAAUCAUCCACCUGAUUCACAAUCUGGAUGUGAGGAAACAGGUCACCCAAGUGCUUCAGGAGUGUGAGCUCCAGAUGUACAAGUCUGUGGCCUUCCCAGCAAUUGGAACAGGUCAGGCAGGACAGAGUCCAGCAAAGGUAGCGGAUAACAUGUUGGAUGCUAUAAUUGAAUUUGCAAGCAAAAAAGCAGUACAGCAUUUGAAAAAAAUUAGAAUAAUCAUCUUCGAGACAAAGAUGAACAGCAAUUUUUACAAAAGCAUGAAGAAAAAACAAGAGUCAUAUGCCCAUGAUUCUGAUACAGACAAAUUUAAGUUAACAUCAUUUCUGUUUGACAAAAAACAAUCCACUGAGAAGAAACAACCCUUGGCUUUGGAGAAGAAAGUUGAGUUAGUCACAUUCCAAAUUUGUGGACAAAGCCAAAAAAAUGUGGAUGAUGCUGCAUCUUGGAUAACAAAAUUGAUUUUAAAGGAACAGAGUGAAAACACUAUUUCAGAUGAGCUAAUUGAAAGUUUUGAUCAGAGGCAGAUUAAUACUCUGGCAGAUCUUCAGAGAAGAAAACAUGUUAGCAUUCAGCUUGAAAACAACCUGUCUGCCCCGCAGAUUAAAAUUUCUGGUAUUAGCCGGGAUGUCUAUUCUGUUUCUAUGGAAGUUCAAAAUAUGAUCCAAAAACUUAAGGAUGCUCGAGAAGAACAAUCCAAGGCAGAACUUGUUUAUAACCUAAUUGAAUGGAGGUAUCCAGGAAGCAAUGAUACUUUUGAAGCUUUUGAUAAGCUGACAAAUAUGCAGCUAGAGGAUGCCAGAAUAGCUAAAAGCACAUAUGUUAUGGUCAAAAUUAAGAAUAAGAAUUACAAAGUAGAUCUGAACACUCUACAAGCUAAUGAUGACCAAGGAACAACUAUAAGCAUUCAACGUGUGCUGAAGAAUGAAGAGAAGCAGGCGGUUGAGCUGCCAGCGGAGUGGGAAGACAUGAAGGAGGAGUGGGUCCGGGUGGUGAACCUCCCACCGGGGAGCCAGCAAUAUCUGGACGUUCAGAAAGAAUUUCAGAAAACCUGUCCCAACUUCACCAUAAAGAAGAUUGAAAGAAUACAAAAUCCCUUCCUCUGGCAGACCUACCAAAUCAAAAAGAGAUCUAUGGAUAAGAAGAACAAAAAUCAAAAUAAUGAGAAGUUGCUGUUUCAUGGGACGGCUGGAUACUUGCUGAGCACCAUCAAUCACAAUGGAUUCAAUCGCAGCUUUGCUGGAAAGAACGCUGCCGUGAUUGGAAAGGGAACCUACUUUGCUGUCGGAGCGGAUUAUUCUGCUCAGGAUAUUUAUUCCCGACCAGAUGUGAACGGCAAAAAAUACAUGUACUUGGCUCGGGUCCUCACUGGAGAAUACUGUGCCGGGAGCGCGGACCUCGUUACUCCACCAGCAAAAAACCCGGCGGAUCCUACGGACCUGUACGACAGCGUGGUCAAUGACAUUAAUCUUCCAGAAACGUUCGUCAUAUUCAGUGACAUUCAAGCAUACCCGGAGUACCUGAUUACUUUCAGAAUUUCUUAAUACGAAGCGCCUAGCGACUGCCCACAAUGAUUUACGCAGAACCCUCACUCUCAGGCGGGAUAACCUUGCUCACCACUGCGGCUUUCGGGGGGAUCCACUGAUGUUUGCUGCCGUUAAGAGCCCCAGAACGGACUUGGCGUUCGUUGCUUCGCCCCGGCCCGUGCUGCCGCGGCCACCUGGCGAUCGCCGAGGGGCGCGUUCCCGACCCCACAGCCGCUUCUUAGGGGCGUCGUCUGCCUCCCGCGGAUCAGAACUUCUGCGUGCAGAAUCUUGGCUGUUGGAAUUUCUAGGAUAAUAACAAUAAUAAAUA